GCUCUUGUGCCGUCGUCCGUGUGGCCGAACGGGUGUGGAUAAAGAGAUAGAACCGGCAGCUGCAGCGGCAGCCCGUCUCCUCCUCCCCCGUCCGUCUCCAGCGCAGCGCACCGAGCGCCGUAGCGCCGCCACAAUGCCGGUCUCCUCCGUGGCCUCGCCACUCCUCCUCUCACUCUCCGCCUCUUCUUCCUCCUUCCUCUCCUCUUCCUCGGUCUCCUUCCUCCCCUCCUCUUCCUCCUCCCCACACGCCUCCAUCGCCACCGGCAGGGGGAAGCCGGCCGCGUCCAUCCUCCGCGCGCUGCGCGCUGAGGCCACCACCCUCCCAGUCAUCUCCUUCACCGGGGAGAAGGUCGGGGAGGUCGCCCUGGACCUUAAGUCCGCACCGCCCUCCACCGCGCGCGCCGUCGUGCACCGCGCCCUCAUCACCGACCGCCAGAACGCGCGACGGGGCACGGCCUCCACCCUCACCCGCGGAGAGGUCAGAGGUGGUGGGAGGAAGCCCUACGGCCAGAAGAAGACCGGAAAGGCGCGGCGCGGGUCCACGCGCACACCGCUCCGCCCCGGCGGUGGGGUCAUCUUCGGCCCCAAGCCCCGGGACUGGUCCAUCAAGAUCAACCGCAAGGAGAAGCGCCUCGCCAUCUCCACCGCGCUGGCCAGCGCCGCCGUGGCCAACGACUCCUUUGUCGUCCAGGAGUUUGACGAGGAGUUUGCCACGGGACCCAGGACCAGGGACUUCGUGGCCGCGCUGCAGCGGUGGGGGCUGGACCCCAAGGAGAAGGCCAUGUUCUUCUCCACGGAGCUUGAUGAUAAUGUGCGGCUUAGCGGCAGGAACAUCGGCACCCUCAAGAUGCUAACCCCCAGGACGCUCAACCUAUAUGACAUCCUCGACGCCCGCAAGCACUUCUUCACCCCGGCCGCCAUCGACUACCUCAACACCAGGUACGGUACCACCGUUUUUGAUGAAUACGAAGACGACACUGAUGCUGAGGAUGAUGGUGAAGAGGAAGUGGCGGAGGAGCAAGAGGAGGCUGCCCAAGAUGAAACUGAAGAAGCGGAGACAGACAGCAAUUCCUAGGUAAUUACAAUGUUGUUUUUAGUUUGUUGGUUUGGGAAUUGCCUCUUCCACUGAAGAAGCCUUUUUGUUUUUGUUUUGUUGUAAGUUGAUUAUGUAUGUUUCUCACUGAUGGAAUAUAUUAGAUUCUCAAACUUCACAUAUAUUUUCUGAUACAUGGUCAAGUUAUAAUCACUGCAUGUUUAUUUGCAA